GAUUGUUGGAGGACAGAAUGCUCCUCCAGGGUUCUGGCCCUGGCAGGUCAGUCUGCAGACAUCUGCACACUUCUGUGGAGGAUCGCUCAUCAACAACCAGUGGGUGCUGACGGCGGCUCACUGUUUUCCAAGUCGCAGUGCAUCUGGUGUGAACGUGCUUCUGGGUCUUCAGAGUCUGCAGGGAUCCAACCCCAACAUGGUGUCUCGAACAAUAACAACUUUAGUCGUUCAUCCGAGCUACAACUCUGUGACAUCUGAUAACGACAUCGCCCUCCUGCAGCUCUCCUCACCAGUAACCCUCACCCCCUACAUUACUCCAGUCUGUCUGGCUUCCACCAGCAGCAACUUCUACAGCGGCAUCAACACCUGGGUCACCGGCUGGGGCAACACUGGAAGUGGAAUCUCCCUUCCUUCCCCACAAACCCUCCAGGAAGUACAAGUGCCGAUUGUGGGAAACAGACAGUGUCAAUGUAACUAUAACACCGUCUCAAUCACGAGUAACAUGGUGUGUGCCGGGUUACCAGAAGGAGGCAAAGACUCUUGUCAGGGAGACUCAGGAGGUCCACUGGUGAUUAAGCAGAACAACCGUUGGAUCCAAGCAGGAAUUGUGAGUUUUGGAGAAGGUUGUGCUCUACCUAAUUACCCUGGAGUCUACUCAAGAGUGUCUCGGUACGAGACCUGGAUCAAUGCCCAAAUCACCAGUAAUCAGCCGGGAUUUAUCGCCUUCACCUCCACUGGAACAGACAGUGACCUCAGUGUGUCGUGUUCCGGAGUGCCCCCAAUUACAAAUGUCACUACUACCACUACUACUACCACUACUACUACUACAACCACAACUACAACAACUACUGUACCACGAAUAACAACUACAACAACCACCACACGUCCAACCACUACAACCACCACACGUCCAACCACUACAACCACCACACGUCCAACCACUACAACCACCACUACAACUGCGACUUUUGUACCUCGAACAGCAACUACAACAACCACUAAACCUUCAACUGCAUCAACCACCACACGUCCAACCACUACAACCACGACUUCUGCCCCCCGAAAGACAACUGCCUCUAAACCUACAACUACAACAACCACCACACGUCCAACCACUACAACCACCACUACAACAACAACCACAACCCGGUCACCAGCCACCACACCCAAAGCUGUGGUUUGUGGGCGGGCCCUCCUGAACUCCCACGUGUUAAAUGAGAGUUCAGUGGUAACUGCAGGUCAGUGGCCGUGGAUGGCGAGUCUGCAGAAGAACGGACAGCACGUGUGUGGAGGGACACUAGUUUCUCUGGACUCUGUGCUUAGCAAUGCUAACUGCUUCUCAAGUUCUCCUGUGGCGUCUGAGUGGACGGUUGUGUUGGGUCGUCUGCAGCAGAACGGAUCAAACCCCUUUGAGGUGUCAGUGACGGUGACAAACAUCACUCUGAGCAACCAGACAGGCUCCAAUGUUGCUGUUCUGCAACUCUCCUCCCCACCCGUCCUGAAUGAUUACAUCCAGCCCAUCUGUCUGGACAACGGAAGAACUUUUCCUGUGGGAACAACAUGCUGGGCUGCAGGCUGGAGUUCUGGACGGGGAGGAGAAGAAAAAGUUCUGCAGGAGUUCCAAACUUCAGUGCUAGAAUGUUCGAGGCCAACAGCUGCAAAUGACAGCAUCUGUACCACGAUGUUCACGCUGGCUGAGGGCGACUCCGGUGGCCCGCUCAUGUGUCAGCAGGGCGCCUCUUGGUAUCAGGCCGCCGUGUUGUCGUUCGCACGCCGCUCCCUGAGGAGAAGACGAGCCGUUGCCGUUGCCGUGAUGGAGUUUGAAAAACUCAGCCAGUUUGAGGACUUCCUGGUUCAGACAGUGGGACCGUUUCUGCCUUCAACCAUCAACAGCAGCAGUUUCAACCCCACCACGCCCACCACGCCCACCGCGCCCACCACGCCCACC